CCCCUCCCCCACCCCUACACGCACAUCACAUGCACAUAUACACACACACACACACACACACACAACAGACUAUACAUACAUCCGCACUCACCAAUCCACACACACACAUAUAUAUAUAUGUGUAGCUCCCCAGUUGUGAGAUCGGAUCCAACGCAGAGCCCACAGUAACGACAUUCUUCGGAUCCUCUCGCACCAUCGAAAUUCGCGCAAGGGUAAUAUGGCGGCUGAGAGCGGCGAUAAGUGGAUUCUCACGGUGACGGCGCAGACGCCGACGAACAUAGCGGUGAUUAAGUACUGGGGGAAGAGACACGAGGAACUCAUUCUCCCGAUCAACGACAGCAUUAGCGUUACUCUCGACCCCGACCACCUCUGCACCACCACCUCCGUCGCCGUCAGCCCCGCCUUCACUCAUGACCGCAUGUGGCUCAACGGAAAGGAGGUAUCUCUUUCUGGAGACAGAUUCCAGAAUUGUUUGAGGGAACUCCGGUCGCGUGCUAGUGAUGUUGAGGAUGAGAAGAAGGGUAUUAAAAUCUCAAAAAAAGACUGGGAGAAGCUACGUUUGCACAUUGUUUCUUUUAACAAUUUCCCAACUGCGGCUGGUUUGGCGUCAUCAGCUGCUGGCUUGGCAUGCCUGGUUUUUUCCCUGGCUAAUCUAAUGAAUGUGAAAGAAGAUCACAGCAAACUCUCUGCUAUUGCAAGGCAAGGUUCAGGAAGUGCUUGUCGCAGCUUGUUCGGAGGAUUUGCCAAGUGGAUCAUGGGAAAAGAGGAAAAUGGUAGCGACAGUAUUGCCGUUCAACUUGCAGAUGAAAAGCACUGGGAUGACCUUGUUAUCAUCAUUGCAGUGGUAAGUUCGAGACAGAAGGAAACAAGUAGUACCUCUGGGAUGCGUGACACUGUUGAAACCAGCAUGCUUUUACAACAUAGAGCAAAGGAAGUAGUUCCAAAACGGGUAAAACAGAUGGAGGAAGCAAUAGAAAAGCGCGAUUUUCCAUCCUUUGCUCGUCUGGCCUGUGCUGACAGUAAUCAGUUUCAUGCAGUCUGUCUGGAUACCUUGCCCCCUAUAUUCUACAUGAAUGACACAUCUCACAAGAUAAUCAGCUGUGUUGAGAAAUGGAAUCGUCACGAAGGAACACCUCAGGUGGCUUAUACUUUUGAUGCUGGCCCGAACGCAGUGCUAAUUUCACACAACAGAAAGACUGCUGCCCUUUUGCUUCAAAGGCUGCUCUUCCUCUUCCCUCCUCAGUCAGAUACUGAUUUGGACAGCUAUGUUAUUGGUGACAAGACGAUAUUAAAAGAUGCCGGCAUUCAUGAAAUGAAAGAUGUGGAAGCUCUUGCUCCACCUCCAGAACUUAAGGAGAAUGCUCCUACCCGAAACAAGGGAGAUGUUAGUUACUUCAUCUGCACAAGACCUGGGAGAGGUCCAGUGGUACUAAAUGACGAAAGUCGUUCUCUUAUUAACUCCGAAACUGGGCUGCCCAAGUGAAAUAGUGUCCCGGUUUUGAGUUUUUAAAUGUUGUGUUGUUACUCAGGCCAUCUAAAUUUGUGAGCCUUUUACAUUGUUUUGUGUUUAGAGUGUGUUUUACUGUCAAAACUAGUUGAAGUUUUAGUACCAUUUGAUGAUCCUGUUUGUACUUGUGUACUUGUCUAAACAAAUCCAAAAUUUAUAUAAUAAAUAAAUUCCAGGUA